AUGUUGUCUUCUUGGGUAUCAUUUGUGCUUUUACUGUUGUUUGAAUUUGAGUUUACGGCUGGAUAUCGGAAUGUCAUCAAUCCUAAACACAAGACUACUACGAGUGAGACUCCUAAGCCAUGGAUGCGUACUGUAUAUAGUACAAAGGUUGAGGUUGUGACACCUACUGUUAUUGCUGGCGUUACGUUUAGAGCUCAGCCCAAGCCUACUCCAGAUCCACUAGAGCCAUGGAUUUCUUUGAAGAAGGAUGGUUCACCAAGAACGGUGCGUCCUCAAAUCAAGGGUGGACGUACUAAGAACGCUUCUCCUGAUUAUAGUACAUACUUCAAGACUGCAUCUGUGAAGACGUUUUCCGAGGAAGAAUUGCUCAAGAUGGGUGUUGAUACGGAUGAGCCAUAUGAAGAAGAAGUAUUUACCGAUGAAGACAAGACUUAUGUGUCGUUGAACCCUGUUAUCAGAUGUACUCCUGACCGUUACUUCAAUAAGGGUGCUGCCAAGGAUGUCAGCAGUGCGCCAUUCUGUACUCCAAGAGAAAACUCGAACUUAAAAGCGGGCAAGACUUACUUUAUUUCAUGGUUCACCAGGUUCUUUGAAAACGAUGAAGGUGUCAAAGAGGACAAAGUACGUGUGCAUUUGUCGUACGUGAGACAAAAGGCUCACGAGAAGGGGUACGCUAAGAGAGGUCUUGAAGCUACCUUCUUCUCUACUGAAUGGCUAGAAAAUCUGGACGGUAUGUACCCAUUGGAAGUGAUGGAAGAAUGGUUGCAAGGCCAGUUUGAAAGAAGAGUGGUUAUUGCCGUGCAGCCAAUGAGUAUACCUGAUGAUGAAUUUGAUCCUUUGGAACACGGUGUCAUGGUGAACAUCAUCUUGGGCUCCAAGGUGUUCAAGACUACAAAAGAACAAUUAACAUUGCAAGACCAAGGUAUCACUGAUGAAGCCUGGUACUAUGUGGCUAUGAUCAUUCCAACUGUGGUGCUCUUUUCCAUCGUAUGUAUGUACUUCUUCGUCCAGUUGAACGCAAAGUACAGAGACUUUAGUGACGUUAGAAGAGCAGCUCUAAACAAGAAACGUAGAGUGAUCGGUAAAUUCAAAGAUAUGAAGAGAUUCAAAAAUAUGAAGAACCAUAAGUAUGAGGAGUUGCCAAUGCACAAGUUGAAGAGCAGUAAGCAAAGUUGA